GUCGAUACAUGCUUUGAUGGUGGUGCCUCCGAUCCGUAUGUUAGAAUAUCAAACAUUGCCACAGGUUGGGUGUACGGUGAUUCACAUGUCAUCUACGACAACUGCAAUCCUGUCUGGGAUCAAGUAUUUUAUAUUCCAGUCUAUGAUGUUUAUGGACAAUUAAAUUUACAAGUUUUCGAUUAUAAUGCUUUCUUUGAGGAUACACUUUUGGGAUUCUAUAUAUUUGAUCUCAAAUCUGUAAUUAAGCUUCAUGAUGGUACUUCCAAAGAAAAGCAAUUCAAAAAACUUGAUGCUAAUCUCAUUUACAAAGGGUGCAAUAGAGGCAAAUUAUCAUUUGUCGCUGACUUUUUUUCAUCCAAUGAAUUGGAAUUGGAUUUAGAAGUUAUUAGCCCAACUACUGUUUCGAUUCGACAUUUAUAUCUCCUAAUAAUUUAUCAAAGUCAAUAUGGAUUCUUUGACCUUACUGACUCAUUAGCAAGAUUAUUCAACUUCUCAUCUAAAAAACUUAUUAAAGCCUUUUCUGAUUAUGUACAAAAGGAUGAGGAGGUUCGUAGUUUGGAUCACAAAAUUUGGGCCACUGCGCUUGCCACAUCCUUCCUCAAGGUAUUAAUGUGGGAACACCGUCGUGAGUGGAUGAAUAUUUACAAUGAGGCUGAAAGCUGGUUGAGUGAAAAUGUCAUCGAUGUUGAAGUCGAAGAAAGUCUUUAUAAUUAUUCGAACAAAUUCGUUAUUCAACUCUUUGAAGUUACUCAAUGGGUAGACGAGGAUCAACAAAAAAGUGUGGGAGAAGCUGAUAUCCAUAGUGUUCAUCGGUUCAUCACUUAUCAGAAUGAAUCUGGUUGUUUCAGACUUACCACUCAAUUAGCUGAAGCUUUGGGCUUCAACUCGCUUGAAGAGGCCAAGAAACAUUUUGAAACUUAUUUUUCUUCCUAUUCACCAAGAACUGCUCAAUUUGAUAUUAAUGUUUGGAGUACUGCUAUUUUGAUUUGGUUUAUUCGAUAUGUAUUAGUUGAUUUCAGAAAUGAGUGGACAGACGUAUACAAAAAAGCAUAUAAUUGGCUUUGUCAACAAGUGAAAGAUGAUAAAGUACGAGAUGAACUUCUUGAGGCUGCUAGAAACUUUGUUGUUAAAAGGUUUGAAGUUGAAAAGAAUGCUAUUGAAGAAGACAAGUCUUUUAAGGUUUCUAUUGAAGAAGAAGACGAAAGGAAGAAACAAAUGACUGUUAGUCGAAGUACUACUACUGACACAGUUGUUAAAAAGUUUGUUACUUAUCGUACAAAGGAUGGUUGCUAUAAACUUAACGAUGAUAUUACGCAACACCUUGGAUUUCAUAAUAAAGAAUCCUUAGAAAAAGCAUUACAUCAUCGUGAACACUGGUCUAAUGAAUGCGAUGUAUUACAUAAAUGGUUAAGUUCACAAAUUAAGGAUCCUCAAAUCGAACGUGAACUUUUGGAAUCUGCCAAACAAUUCAUGAUAAAACGUUAUAACAUCGAUGACGAGGUUGUCGGACUCGAUGCUUCAUACCAUGAAAACAUUCAUGUUACUAAACUUGAUUUUACUGAAGAUACUGUUCGAGAAGUCCAUGAUGGCUUACGUUCCUUCGUUGAUGAAGACACUGCUCGUAUAAUUUGCGAUGCUCAGCAAGAAGACGGUUCCUUUACUUUGAGUCCUUUUAUAACUGACCAUCUCGGCAUAAAACCAGUUGACGCUGUUAAAUCCCUUAAGAAGUUAGUUUGUAGUCUCCAACUAAGAGGAUGUGAUGAUUCUGUUUGGUACACGGCUUUUACAAUCCAUUAUAUUAAGACCAUAUUAACAAAUCAUAAAAAUGAAUGGCAAGGUGCCUAUGAUCGUGCUACAGUUUUUGAUUAUUUACGCUCUAGGAGCACAGCUGAAAUUGCCCGUUCAUUUUGUUCUGCGCAACAAAGCAAUGGUUCAUUUUCUUCACAACCUUUAACCACGUUAUAUCCAUUAAUUCCUCCGCCGACAAAUGCUGUUGAAUCUCUUAAACUUUUUGUCGAAUGGACCCAUGUCUGUGACCGCGCCAGCAUCUGGAUAACUGAGCAGCUUGAGGAUACUGAAAUAGAACAUGAGCUAUACUCAGCUUGUGACCAAUAUUUAAUUAAACAAGGUGUUGAAUUCAUUAACAAUGAUAUAGAAGAGUCCGAAGAAGAGUUAGAGGUUAUUGCAUUUCGAGUUAACGAAGAAACACGUAAAGCCGUUCAUAAAAGUCUCCGUGAUGAUGUCACAAAGGAAGUCGCUCUCACACUUUGUAACUCUCAAAAAAACGACGGCUCAUUCAUCCUACACGAAUUAAUUUCUGACCAUCUUAAAAUCCAAUCAAUCGACAUCGCAGUUGAAUCACUCAAGC